AUGGUUACUGUAACUCAUGGUGUCGUACUACCGGUCAAGUAAGUAUAUAGUAAACCAAAUAUAGUAUUUGUAGUUGCUCUUGAAUAUUAAUGUUUUUGCAAAAAGUAAAAAUUUUUAGACAAUAAAAACUUUAAAAGAAGCUUAUACAGUAACUAUCAAUGCAUAACCUUAUGUUAUUGUAACAUAAAAUUAUAUAUAACAAAAAUGAUUAAAGACUUAGGUCCCUAGUAUUAGAUUGUUAUCGAAAAAGUUCUAUAGUGCUCAAGAAAUAUCUUGUUUGGUAAUUUAUAUUACUGUAGCAAUUUGUAAUAAUAUAACUUUAGACAAAUCUGUGAGACCAACAUGAUAACAAACGCCCGAAUUCUAAAAGCUUUUGUAGACAAAGAAGUACAACGUAAACGAUUUAUUGAUAACAAGAUCAAAAUUGGCAAAUCACAGGUAAUUUGCCUUAAAACUUUAAAAUUACUGUAACUUUUACACUAUGGAAGAUUUUUUAAAGUUCUUUAAAGUUUGUUUCCUAUCUAUUUACAAAUUGUUUUAGUGCGAAAUUGUAAAAAUGUGUGACACAGAAUGUUUCGAUAGUAUUUUCGAAUGUUUACAUCGUCAACGAUCUCAAAACACAGUAAUCUCCAACCCCAAAGCGUGCUGCUCCAGCUGCCCGGUGAAGACAUCAUGA